CAUUGAUAAAAUAAAUGUACGGCCGAUUUCGCAUUUGAAGGCAGAUUUUCGCAGAACGUUUGACUGAACGGUUGUGUUGACUGCAAGAGAUAUAAAAGUGACGCAGACGCAGUGUGUGUGAACGAGGAAGCAUUACGUUUAACUAUUAACUGAUUACAUAAUGGCGCAAAAAGUACUACGAAAUGUGACGCACUGCAUCUUUGAUAUGGACGGCCUGUUGCUGGACACUGAGCGAAUUUAUGAGGAAGUCACUAGGCAAAUAGCGGGCAGUUAUGGCCGUCAAUAUACAGUGGCGACACGUUUCCACCUGAUGGGCACUACGGAUCAGCGUUCCGCCGAAAUUGCCAUCGAUGAGUGCCAAUUACCUCUGACAGUGCCCGAGUAUCUGAAGCGUUAUCACAAAAUGUGUAGCGAACGAAUGUCGAAUGUCCCAUUGCUAAAAGGUGCCGAGCGCCUUUUGCGUCAUCUGCAUGCAAACAAAGUGCCUUUUGCCCUGGCAACCAGCUCGGGCGCUGAAAUGGUCGAACUGAAGACGCGCAAGCACCGCGAACUCUUCGAUCUGUUCAAUCAUCGUGUGUGCGGCUCGUCGGACAAGGAGGUAAAGAAUGGCAAACCAGCGCCAGAUAUUUUCCUCAUUGCCGCCGAUCGGUUUGCGGAUAAACCCGAGCCCGCCAACUGUUUGGUGUUUGAGGAUUCUCCGAAUGGCGUUACGGCUGGCGAGAGUGCUGGAAUGCAGGUGAUCAUGGUGCCGGAUUCCCGAUUGUCGCCGGAUCGUUGCUCUCAUGCGACGCAAGUGUUGAGCUCUCUGGAGGAUUUCCAGCCCGAGUUGUUUGGCCUGCCACCAUUUAAGAACUAAUUUAAUUAAUCGCUUUGUUGAUUGUCGACUAAUCAUGUGUACCUAAUGUCGCUAAAUGUCAUUACUAAAUUAAACAAAACAAAUAAUAUAGACAAUGUACUUACUACAAGUAUACAACAUAAAAUACAAGACAAAGUUUAAAA